UUGUUCUUCUUGAGUCUUGUGGGAAGUUACUGUCGCGUGAAUUGGUGACGAAAAACUUAUGCGUCCGAGAGGAAAGUCAGGAACCAACUUCUCUAACUAGCAGGUUUUGAACCUUGUGCUGGCAAUGGGGGACAUGAAGACCCCAGACUUUGAUGAUUUGCUGGCAGCUUUUGACAUUCCUGACAUUGAUGCCAAAGAGGCCAUUCAGUCAAGUCCAGAAGAGGAACAAGAUGAGGUGGGGACUAUUGCAGAAGGAGAGAGUGGAUCUCCUUCAUGCUUUCCCUGCCCUCCUGCCUCACAUAGUAACCCCCCUGUGGUCAGUGUUAUUGUGAAGAACACAGUGCGGUCUGAGUCUUUUGAGGAAGAUGAGAAAUCAGUCGAGGAUAAAACAGACAAUCCUUCAAGCAGUGGCUUAAACUCUCAAGUUCAGGUCAAAUUUGGUGACUUCACCUCACAGCUUGGUCCUAAAAUGCCAGUUGAUGGCCCUGUGGAGCCCCAGAUUGCUAAUGGCUUUGAGGUAUCUGUCCCCAGAGAUCAGGGACAGUCCAACAGGGAGCCAUGGUCCCAGCUUUCACCACUGAGGUCCACACUGAACACUAAUGAAGGGGACAAUGAAAAAGAAGCUGAGGUUGGAUCGAUCCAGCACACAACUGAUGUCAUGAAUAGUUUGAAGCCGCUGCUCUACCUCCAGUCUCCGACUAGUGCUGGUCCCAACUCCUCAACUCCUCCCUCUCCACCCUCUGUCAGCCAUCACCUUUCUCCUUGCUCCCCUCAGAAGGAUGAAACUUGUUUCCUCAGCAAUGCAUCAUCCCCUUUAGCACAACAAAGGAGUAUCAAGACUAGUAUUAAGUGUGUUAUGCACUCAGAUGAAGAUGACUCGGAGCCAGACUUAGGAAGUCCACUGGUGAUCCGGGAGAGCCCAGAGUCUCUAAUGUCCUCCUCUCCCAAAUUUAAAUACCGAGCUAAAGUACAGACCCCUGAGCUGUUUCGUUCUCCUGAUACAACUUCCUGUUUUGUUUCUCAUCCUUCCCAUCUCCCUUCACUGGCACCUGCAAAACCUGAACCCCAGCUAGAGGAAGAGGAGCAACCUACCACCUCUAGUUCUCCCACCUCAGCUCCCCAAACACAGAGUUUCAAAGGUGGCCUUCCGUCUGUCAGUACGGAGUCUGCAUCAGUCCAAAAAGAGCAAUACCCAGAGCAUGUCAUUGAAGAGAGAGAUUCACCUGAGAGCCCACCACCCAGUGAGACAGGUCUUGUCGUCCCCAAGAGAAGCAGCAGUCCUAAUUUUGUCCAAACAUCAGGUCUAGCAGUAAACCACGAGGAUGUCCAUCACCAAGAGGAGCUCAUGGAAAGUGAGCCCAAAGAAGAGGACAGGCCAGGUGACACUGAAGCGCUGAGGGAAAAGGUGGCUGAAGAUGCAAACGAGGAGAGCUGUGGUGUCAGCACUGAGGAUCCUGUGUCUGCAGAGACGGUUUCACCUCCAUUGCGCCCGCUCAAAGUUAAGAUCAAAACACACUCAGGCAGCAUCACAAGGACUGUGAGUGGUGUCGCACCUAAAAGAGGUGGAAGAGCCAUUACAAAGGGUGUGGAUAGUUCAAAAUCUUCACCUGAACGUAACACAAGAUCCAAGAGGGAGCUGUCGCAGCAGUCUCGGAUGCCUACAAUGACAAUGCUCCAGGAAGACAAAACCGCAGCAGACAACAAAUCUAAAGUUUCCCCCACAGCUGUUAGCAUCACCAAAACUGCAGCCCUGCCCUCCGUCUCUGUCUCCUUCCCCAGAGUCAGCCCAGGUGGGGUCAGUUCUCGAAGCGUGAGUAAGAAAAGUCUGAACAGUGGGAUGACACUUCCAGCACCGUCACCUCUGCUCCAUCCUCAGAGUGGCAGCAGACCAGCCUCCAUAGUUAACAGCACAGGGGCAAUCAUAUCCAAGAGUCAGACCAACCUGGUAGAAGCUUUCAACAAGAUUCUCAACAACAGGAACCUGCUGCCCAGCUAUAAACCAGAUCUGAGUUCACCUCUUCCUGCAGAGUGGGGUCUUCCUCUGCCUACUCAGGGUUACCGCUGUUUGGAGUGUGGUGAUGCCUUUGCGCUGGAGCAGAGUUUGGCACGGCACUACGCUCGGCGCUCGCUGAGGAUUGAAGUGACCUGUAAUCACUGCGCCAAGCGGCUGGCCUUCUUCAACAAGUGCAGCCUGCUUUUACACGCCAGGGAGCAUAAGGAGAAAGGCCUGAUCAUGCAGUGUUCGCACCUGGUCAUGAAACCUGUACCUGUGGAGCAGAUGAUUGGCCAGCUGGAACUCUCGGCAGUUGGAUCAUCAUCAUCAUCCUUUUUAGGCCAGACCACCCCUAACGCUACACCCCCACCACAGAAAGCAUUAUCCAGUAAGAAAGCAGAGGCAGUGCAAUACAUCAGUACUAAAUGUCCUGAGUGUCAGGCUCAGUUCAGCAGCAAAGAAGAGAUGACUGAGCAUUUCCAAGAAAUCAAACCAGCACAAACCACUUCGUGCACAGAGUGUUCUCCUCCCAUGCUUCUGUCCAACAGCUGCAGCGCAGCAGCUCAUCAGCGCAUCCAUCAAGGCUUCCCGCCACACGUCUGCCCAGAGUGCGGGGUUGUGUCUGAGCAGCCGCUGUUUCAGACACACCUGGACGAGGCCUGUUUGCACUUCGCACGCCGCAUUGGAUACAAAUGUUCCAGUUGUCUGGUGGUGUUUGGAGGACUCAACUCAAUGAAGUCUCACAUCCAACAGGCUCAUUGUGAUAUGUUCCACAAAUGCCCCAGCUGCCCGAUGGCUUUUAAGUCUGCUCCUAGCAUACAGAAUCACAUCAGUGCCCAGCAUCCAACGCUCACUGGAGGACAGACCAUGUUGAUCUAUAAAUGUGUGAUGUGUGACACAGUGUUUACCCACAAGCCCCUGCUGUAUGUCCACUUUGACACUCAUUUGACCAAUCAGAAGGUGCAUGUGUAUAAAUGCCCUCAGUGCACCAAAUUAUUUUCUCAAAGGAAUUCACUACUGGAUCAUUUCAAGACUCAUGUGACUCCCGCAGUGAAACAAGAGUUGUCUUCGUCUCAAGCCGCUUCCUCUCAUUCACGUCCUGCAUUGAGUUCAGAUGGGGAAGAAUGGUUGGAUGAAGUUAAAGAGAAGACGGAAAGGAUUAAAGCCCCUUCAGGGUGGAAGUGUGCGCCUUGCCACAGACGCUACACAGACCGGGAACACUACAUCACCCAUAUGGCUGAACAACAUGGAAAGACUCUGAAGAAGUUCCCUUGUAACAAGUGUGAGAGCUCCUUCACCACCACUUCAAGUCUGAGACGUCACAUCAGAGACAAACACAAAGUCACAAAUCGUGGCUUUCGAUGCCAGUUCUGUAGUGAAAGUAAGAAAAUGUUCAGCAGCAGAGCGAUGUUGGAGAGACAUGUUCAGCUGAGACACAGUGUGGACACAGAAAGCCGGGACGCUCUGAUGGGAGGCGGCGAUGAGGCAGACAGUUCCUCGGAGCAGGACAGCAGUUUGGGGGCUCGCCGGAGACGCAGAGGAGCUGUGAAGAUGGAGCAGGAUGAAGAGACAACAGAUGGAGUGAGUCCAGUGAAAAAGUUGCAUUCCUCCUCCUCUGUCCCCUACUCCCUUCCUGAGUCUGGGUUCCGCUGUGCCCCCUGUGGCUUCACCACAGAGGGCCAGGCGUCAUUCCUGGACCACAUCAGCCAGCAUCGGCGGGGAGGGACGGAGGGCAGCAGUCUGCAGUGUCUACAGUGUGGUGCCUGCUUCACAUCCACCUCCUCCCUGUCACGACAUCGCUUCAUUACCCACAAAGUGAGAGAUGCAUUCACUGACAGCCAGCAGUCCCACGGCCUGCCCCCAGCACCUUCCCCUGCUCACAGCAGGAACCACGAUGAGAAGAGUUCUGUGGAUGAUUCUGCACCAGCAUCACCGUCCUCUCAGGGUAUGGACGAGGAGGACACGCUGACUUGUAAGGUGUGCCGCAAACGCUUUGAAAAGGCAUCAGAUCUGAAUACACACUUCAGAACACACGGUAUGGCUUUUAUCAGCGCAAGGAAUGCAGGAAAAGCAACCUGAGGCACCUGAUUCGACAGGAAUAAUAGUGUCUGUUGCUUAUGAAAGAAACAAGUGCCUUAUUUGUGAUCACACCUAUGCACUAAUUCAACCAAAGAUUGGAAGACAGAGUUUUUAUAUAAAUAGAUUGUAAAAAAAAAAAAAAAAGAUUUUCAGUGUUAGAGAUCAGCCUUACCCUUGCACUUCUGACACUCAGGACCUGAUGCUGCAUUUCUGUGUUGGUAAUGAUCGAGCGACUUCUCAGUCGGGGAGCCGUCAGUCUGACUGGUUCACUGCUGUGACCACAUUCACAUGAUAACGUGCCUGUUGAGAACUGUGAAUGUUAGAACCAAAUUCCACUGUGAUUGCGAUGGCUGUUGUUGACACAGCGAUGGAAUGUUUUGAUAGCGAUGUUGUCAUCCUACUGAGGAGAUCCUUGAAUGGCAAACCCAGAUGUUUUUCCAUAAAGUCCCUCUUUAUUUUUUACAGACUCAUGGCGUUGGUUGAGAUUAUGUUAGCUUAGUACAUAUUAAGCAUUUUAGUGAACUUUGAGUUUGCUUACGAUGGGUAACCCAUCAAAUUUCGUGUGUGUGGGUUUUCAUGGACAGUGUUUCCCUCCAGAGCUGCUGUGGAGGGUCAGAAGACUGUUACUUUGGAAGAUACCCACUUAAUUCUUCUAACUUCAUAUUAGCUUCAGCUGGAUUGAGGACAGUAAGUCUUGUCUUAAUCCCCCAUCAUUGCCUUCGAAUCAUGUAUGGAAAGAGUCUCUUCACCGCCAGCAUGGACAGGAGGAAUACAGUAACUCCCUCAGCGCAUGUAUUGUUUCCAGAUGAGCCUGAGAAAAUGUGAACCUAUCCUUUAAAUGUUUACUGGUAUUGAUAAUGUGUUUGAAGCCCCCGCACGUUUAUAUUUAUAUUGUGCUUCAAGGAGAACUUUGUGAGAGAUAGAAAUACAAUCUGAAAAUGUCACUUGGAAAAUGGUCAGCAGUAGUAAAGUAUAUUUAAAUAAAUGGGGUUUAAUACUUUUUAAAAGUAGAAUGUACUCUAUUUACAUCAGAUUGAGAAAUUAAUUCCUCCUCUCUGUGCAAGGGCUGGAAGUAAAAUUAUGUAUUUGGCUUUUCAGUUUGGGAUUUGUUGGUCUAAAGCUUUUUUAAUGAGAUUACUGUAAAAAGAUCAGUAUGUGUGUGAUUAUGUGUAUGUUUCGCUAAGAAGAUGAGAACAUGUUGGACUUUGUAUAUUUAGUCUUUGUUCUGCAUAACUGACUUCAGCGCUGGUGAACUACAUGAAUAUAAUCAUGUUGCUCAGUGACUGUUAGCACCGUAGCAAAAUUGUUACUUGAUAUAAAGAUGUCUGAGAGGUUUUGAGUGCUGUGUUUUGACAUUUUUUAUUUUAUUUUCUUUGGCUAGUAGCACCUUUUUUUUUUUUUUAGCUGUUGUCUGAUAUGGCUGACAAGCUGGUGGUUCCCUGAAGUAUCUCUGGUAGUGUUCUGUAGUCAUCUGCGACCUGUUUGCGCUUGUGUUUACUUCCUCAGGAGAUUGUCCAAUGCUUUAACACACACUGUUCUGUUUAACCUUUUCUGUUUUUACAUUGACAAAACAAAUUUCUAAUCAAAAUAAAUGUUUAUAAAAACAAAAAAAAGCUGA